UGAAUUAACGGAACACAGAGGGUUGGUUUGUUAUUGUCUGUGUGAGACACACAACGUAGUGCCCAGUUUUGGCUCUUGACUCCUAGCCCACUGGAUUACCCACCACGCUCUCCCUUGACAAGCUGGUGAUCGAUUAGAAGAGAGAGGAUUCUGAAAAGGAAAGGUUAUGCAUUUUGUCAUCUUGAAAUAGACCUCAGGAAGGCUGGGACUGGUACAAUCAGGCAAAGAUGACCAAAACUGAGGAGAUUCCUGAUAGCCAUUCUUCUGGGGAAUUUUACGAGAAAUAUGAGCCAAAGGAGAUCUUGGGAAGAGGGGUAAGCAGUGUGGUUCGCCGGUGCAUCCAUAAAGUUACCAGGGAAGAAUUUGCUGUUAAAAUUAUAGACAUCACAGCUGGGAAUUUGUCCCCAGAAGAAGUCCAGGAACUGCGAGAAGCCACUCAGAAGGAAAUCGACAUCCUUCGGAAGGUUUCUGGACAUCCCAAUGUCAUUCAGCUGAAGGACAGCUUCGAAUCUCACACCUUCUUCUUCUUGGUUUUUGACCUAAUGAAAAGAGGGGAACUCUUUGAUUACCUCACCGAGAAAGUGACCUUGAGCGAGAAGGAAACCAGAAAGAUCAUGCGUGCCCUCCUAGAAGUGAUCCAGUACCUUCAUUCCAUGAACAUCGUUCAUCGAGACCUGAAGCCAGAAAACAUCCUCCUGGACGACGACAUGAAUAUCAAGCUGACUGACUUUGGCUUCUCCUGUCAGCUGCAGAGAGGAGAAAAACUCAAAGAGAUCUGUGGAACUCCUGGCUAUUUGGCACCUGAAAUAUUAGAAUGCUCCAUGGAUCCAGAUCAUCUAGGCUAUGGGAAGGAAGUUGACAUGUGGAGCUCGGGAGUCAUCAUGUAUACAUUGUUGGCCGGAUCACCUCCUUUCUGGCACCGGAAACAGAUGCUAAUGUUGCGGAUGAUCAUGAGCGGAGAUUACAAGUUCGGUUCCCCCGAGUGGGACGACCAGUCAGAUACCGUCAAAGACCUGAUUGCCCAUUUCCUGGUGGUGAAACCGGAACGUCGCUUCACGGUGGACGAUGCUCUCAGCCACCCGUUCUUCCAACAAUAUGUAGUGGAGGAAGUCCGACAUUUCAGCCCCUUCCGGAAAUUUCGGGUCAUCUGCUUGACGAUCUUGGCUUCGGUCCGAAUCUACCUCAACUACCGUAACGUUAAGCCAGUCACCCCGGAGGUGAUGCAACGCGACCCCUAUGUCUUGAAACCUGUCCGCAAGCUGAUCGACGCCUGUGCCUUCCGGAUCUACGGCCACUGGGUGAAGAAGGGAGAAGCGCAGAACCGGGCAGCUUUAUUUGAAAACACACCUAAAGCUGUCCUGCUCAGUUUAGCUGCUGAGGAAGAGUUCUUUUGAGUUCAAAUGUGCCAACAGCACAGGACACCUUUGAAUGUAUUAGAAGCUAAGGCAGAAAAGUGAUAUGUACUUUCUCCAUUAAGCACCCUGAUAUCUUAGCAAAAUUGGAUCCAAAUAAGCAUAGCAGAAUGAGCUAGAUCAAGAUGGUUAGCCGUGUUAGUCUGUCUGUAGCAGUGGAAAAGAGCAAGAGUCCACUAGCACCUAUAAGACUAACAAAAUUUGUGGUAGAGUAUGAGCUUUCAUGAGUCACAGCUCACUUCUUCAGCUCUGAUAAUGAAGCUCAAGACAAUGCAUCCACCUGGACUGAAUCGAGACUUAGGCUUCCUAUUGCAUUACAAAUGCCAAUUUCUCCACACCCACCACCCCUCUGCAUACCCCACCCUAUCCAAUCAUGCCUGCUAUUGUCAUUCAUUGACUUUUAUCAUUUACCUGCUAUUGUCAUUCGGCAUCUAAAAUCACUCCACUCUCCCAAGAUAUAAGGACAGAUGGACUCACAUUCUAGCAGUAUCUGAAGAAAUGACCUGUGACUCACGAAAGCUCAUACCCUACCACAAAUUUUGUUAGUUUUAUAGGUGCUACUGGACUCUUGUGCUUUUCCAUAGAAUGAGCUAAGAUUGCAGAACGUUUCCCCAAUCUUUAAAACAUUUUAUUUUGCUCCAGGCUUUUUAUUUUGCUCCAGGCUUCGGAAAACUGCUAUGUCCUCUUCCACCUUCCCCCCUCUGCUAGCCAAAUUAAAUAAUAUUAAAAUACUAUUUGCUAUUAUCCCCCAAAUGGUUUGCCCAAGUCUUUGGAAACCAGCUACCGAUGUUCAGCAGGUACCACUUUCCCAAUAAAGAAGUUGUAAGAUGGAGACAUCCAACAAGUAAAGAGUCAGCUUGGGGUCCAGUAGCACCUUGAAGACCAACUAGAUUUCUGGGGCAUGGGCUUUCCAGAGUCAGAACUCCCUUCUUCAGAUCUUUAACUCUCAAAAGCUCAUACCCUGGAAAUCAAGUUGGUCUGUAAGGUGCAACUGGACCCUGAUCUUGCUCUCUACUGUAGACCAACACGGCUUCCCACAUGAAACUUUCCAACAGGCAAACACCAAUCAGCUGUUGAUUUAAUGUGCCGCUCUUAAAGGGACAGGUGCUCUUAGGAAAGGAGUCUGCCGGCCUCGCUAACUCCCACUUAAUAGUUGCAUCAUAGCUCACAGUUAAAGUGCCAUCUACGCAGCUUUGCACAAGUCCCCACCGUAUUUAGUGCAGAAAAGAUAUGGCUAGUGUUAGCCCCAAAUGGCCAAUGGGUUCGAAAUAUUUAUUACUAUUUAUUACCACUGCGCCUUUGGAAAAGGAUUGGUAUGUCUUUUCUAAACAUCUACUGAAACAUCAAUAAAUGUGCUUUAUUUAUUGGA